AUGUGUUCAGAGGAGGACAGGAAACCGGCACGGAAGACCUGCAUGAAAUGUGAGAUCUCCAUGUGCGUCCAGCACCUCCAGGCCCACCUGACCACUCCUGUGUUACUACAGACUCAUCCUCUGACUGAGCCUAUGGCCUUAUGUGGGACCACUAAAUGCCCCCAACAUGGUAAACUCCUUGAGUACUUCUGCUUGGAUGACAUGACCUGUGUGUGUGUUUCCUGUGCCAUUGAAGACCAGCACCGCAUACACAAUAUGAAGACGUUCUCCACAGCCCACAAAGAGCUCAUGGAGAAGCUGAACACUGAGCAGCAGGCCUUACUAGGGAAAACUGAUGAUGAAAAUGUGAGUCUGGAAAAGUGGGAGAAGAGUGAAAGAGAGAAGGUGGGUCGCUCCAGUGUGCGUCUCAUUGAGGCUGUGACUAACCUGCGUGACAUUGCCCUGACCAGUAUCCAGAGUUCAGUUACUGCCCGCAUGGUGUCCAUCAAAACCAGCAACAGCAGCAUGCAAGCAGCACAGAAAGAGAAGGACACCUUCAGAUUCCUGCAGAUGUAUUCUCAGGUGCAUCAGGAUGUGGAGAAGGCCAAGGCUGUGGAUCUGAGAAAAGGGUUGGAGCCUGGCAGUGAUCGGGACAAACUGGUUCAGGAGAUAAGACAGGAUGGUGAAAAAAUGGUAAAGCAAGCAGGCCACUUCUGGGGAUCACUGUUGACUCUGCUUGACCCAGAGAACCACCAGGAGCUCAAUGCUACAAGUUCAGACCUGAUCUUUGACCCAAAGACUUUGGGCCCUGGCAUGUCACUGUCCAAAGACAAAAGGAAGAUUUUCUACAGUAGUUGGCUGGGACAAUGCUCCGCUACGCUUCUAAUUCAUAGUGCCCAGUCAGUUCCUAACUUUCAGAGGUGGAUGGUCAGACUUUCCCAAGACUCUAACUGGACCAUUGGCUUAUGUGACAAACAGUCUGCAAUGAACUUGAAGGAUGGACCUGUCUAUGGUCUGUGCUACGAAGGUGACCAGCUCAGCUGCCUCACAACAGAGUAUGACUGUUCUGAUGCACCAGUCAGUUCAGGAGGUAUUUUUGGGCAGCAGAAGAAAGGCUGGGUUUCCUCAGUACCAAUCACACAUCAGGGCAAAAAUGGAGAUUGUGCCGUACCACAACCUGAAGUGGUGGAGGUGUUAUGGAAUUUUGCUGCUUCCUCAUUGUCCUUCUUCAACAGAAUCGGACAGCACCAGAGGGAAGAAAUAAUCACAAUUAAGAUGAGCCUCAACAACUGGGACCUGGCCCCCUUUGUUCAACUAGCAAAGGAAAAUGACCAAAGUAUCCCCCAGCAAUGGAAGUGCCCCUGUGGGAUUGUUCACUACGAAUCCAACAAAUACUCCAUGAAGGCUCGCUUCUCUAACUCUUCUGCUCAAACCAAUUGUUCCUGUGGAGCAAUUAUUGGUGGUAUACACAUCACAGAGGUGGUUUGUGAGCUUCAGUAA